CAAAUUAUUAAAAAUGAAAAAUAAAAAACAGGGCCAACAUUUAUCUGAUGAAUCUGGGAUAACUUUUUUUGAAGCAUUCUAAAAAGCCAUUUUCAAAUUUGAAGUCGAAAACUUAAAUUAAUAUACAAAGCAAGAUAGUGAUAGGUUUACAAUCUAUGAAGAUUUGAAGUUAAUUUUAGAACUUUCUAAGGUCAAUUAGAUUGAACCAUAGCAUUUUUAAAGAAUAUCAUUUAUUCUUAAAAGAUCUAAAUCAAUAUUGAGGAAGAGGUAAUUAUUGAAUUAAGGUUAGAUAUCAAGAAUAUUUGAAAAAUAUAAAUCAAGAAGAUUUAUAAACAAUAUUUGCUUUUCUAUAAUAAUUUGGUGCUUAAGGAUAUUUGAUUUUUGGUCUUGAUAAUGGAAUUCAGAGAUUAUCAGAUAUAGAGCCAAUAAAGUAAAAUGAAUCUCCAAUUAAAACUCCAAUUUAAACACCAAUAAAAUAAAUAACAAAGUAAGUUGCAUUUGGAUCUGGAAUAAAUGAAUUAUAAAAUUCCUAACAAUAAUAAUAAUAAAAAUAAUAAUAAUAAAAUUAGGUUGAGCCUGAAUCACAAAAGAAAGUAAAAUUAAAUAGUAAAUUUUAAUUAUCUGCAAAGUAUGUAUAAUAUAGAUAGUUUAUAGUUCAAAAUAUGAAAUUUCGAAUAGAAAAACGACUGCAUUUAGAUAGGAUUAAGUAGUAGUAUUAGAUGCAGAAUAGAGACAAGAAUGUGAGGAACUUAAAUUUACAUUAAAAAAACUAUCUGAGACCUUAAGAAUAUCAUAUUAAGAAUUAUGUUAAAGAAUGUAUUAAUGUUCUGGAGAUUUGAAUACACUUUUAGAUGUAUAUUUGAAUCAUUAAGAAAAUUUGUUAUGGACUAAGGAGGCAGAUGAAUGUUUGAAAGCUUAUCUUGUUGAGGAAAACUAAUUUGAGAAAUAAAAAUUAAGAGUAAUUUUACAUGGAGAGGAACAAAUUUAGAAGAGAAAGGAAUGGUUAUAUGGAAAAUGUGAGUAGAUAGUUAAAAUAAAGAAUUGA